UUUGUAAUCCAGGAUCUUGUAACUGUAGUCUAACUUGUAAAAAAAAAAAAAAAAAAAAAAAAAAAAAAAAAAAAACGAAGAAAACCCCCUCACUUGCAGCACGUUAUCUCUUGUAACUACUGUACUACUAAAAGUAGUGUUCAAUUCAGGAUUUGCAGUAUCCUGUGCAUUUAGAGGCAUAUGUACAGAAAAGUUUUUUUUUCCUAAUUGUUUUCAUGCUCAAAAUUCAGAACAACUGUAGAAUUGGUAUGAAUUUCCAUUUUUUUUUUUAAUGGAGAGAUAACAAAGCAUGCAUUUCAAAAAAUAGCACAUGAAAUUACUUCAAAAUAUGAGAGAGGGCAUUAAUCUAGGAUUUGCAAGAAAGAAGGAUACUUUUAAUAGUGAAAUAUUAAAAGUUAUGUUUUAAAAACCGCUUGAUUAUUUUAAGUACAGGCUAUGUGGGAGGACAGAGGCAAAUACUCAGUCACCUGCUAUAUCUUUAACUACUAAAAUACAUGGAAAUAAAUCGACAUUCAUAAAGUUGGGAGGACAAUGAUAUUUUUAAUAUCCUGAAGGUUGUUUUAAGUGCCAUACACAGCAAAAGCCAUUUGGUUAGUUCAGAGAAGUUCAUUCUUAGGCUUUCUGAUGUCAUAAGAACAUUAGCAUUCCAUUGUUUUAUUGCAGUAUUCCUUGUAUAAUUGAAGACUAUGUAAAGCCUGUUUGUGGUGUGUUGAGAAAGUGCUGUGGUUUGGGGAUGGUUUUGAAUAAUGACCCAUUUUCUUGUUUAGGGAAGUAACAUGCUUUGUAGCUGGGGUUGGGUCUCUGCUAUUAUUUUUUUCCACCUUUAUCUUUUAACUUUGUGGAUGCUUACUCCUAUUUAUUUUUUAUGAAGUGUAAGUAGACUUCAUUUGUGUGUCCUCUUUUAUAAUUCACCACCUACUUUAAAUAUGGCCAUCAAUCCAAACGUUACAAACAAUGCUGAAAAUGGGCAAUAUGUAUUGUGAUAAUUGGUGAAAUAGGUUAGCAGUGUUUUGAGUCUCAGGUGUGAUAGUUCUGGUAUUUUUAGUGGGUGCUCAAAAAUUCAGGCAUAGGGAGACUCUCUAAGAUUGAUGCAUAGUACAGUGAAUAAAUAAAGAUCUGAAAAUGGUUGCAUCUUCAAUGCUGAUGAGCCAAAGCACAUAUGAGGAAAUACUCUAUAGCUGGCUUGAUUAUAAAAACACUGGUUGAGCUGUGCACCUAAAACUCUCAAUCUUGCAUAGUUUUGCUUAGAUGUUGGAGGAGAGAAUGUCACCAACUUGAUCCAGUUGUCUUUUGGAUAAUCUGCCAUUAGUUGUGGAUUAACUUUUUUUGUAGGAUCUGUACAAAAAUAAAAUCACCACCCUAGAUGGUGGUGAUGUACUUUGCCAAGAGUGAGUUCUGCUUCUUGCUAAGUGCCACUAGCACCAUGCCUGUGUAAAACAAAUUUACCUUAUUAAUUACUCAUGCUUUGUGUUAAUAAUAUCUUGAGACAAACUGGCUGACGUACAUUUUGAGGUAAGAGAAAAACAAUAGUAGUUUCCAAAGGUUGUUUUCCUUCCUCUUUAUUGAGAUUGUAUGUCCUUAUACUUAUCUACAUCCUCUUUUCUUCUUUGAAGCACUCAGUAGACAUAGGCAAAAUGUUUUAAUUCCAAAAACCUUUAAGUCUUAAGAUGUUUUUGCUACUUUGUAGUGACUUGGUGUUUAUAAGAUUCUUUCAUUAUGUAAAUACUGAAAGUAGAGGGCUACUGUUACUCCCUUUGUGUCUAGCAACUCUGUCGCUUGUUUUGUUCCACUGUAAGUGCUAGCCUACCCAAGCAACAAUCUUGUUAGUCAUGCCUGAUUUCUUUAUCAAGGACAAGCUAUCUUCACACUUACUGCCGUACAUAAUUAAAAAAAUCAAUAUGCACCGAACCAGUUCUUGAAAUACCUUGCAUUUCCGUGUGUGUACCAAAUGGAACGUUCCAAAAGUGUCUGAAUUGUGCAUAUUCUUCUUUAAAGAAGAGAUGAGAGAAUGAGUUAAAUGAGAAGUAGUCCAUGAAAGAAGACUUAGGUGUAAGUCUAAUAUGGACCAAGAAAAACAGUGCUAACCAAGAGCACUACAUAUAUUUUUAUUUUGUUCAUGCACCACCAAAUUAAUCUUUAGUGAUAGGUAGUGGAGAUCAAAUUCUGGGGAUCUGCUCUUUUCCUCUGUUAAGUCACGGUUUGAAACUUGAAGUCAGCGCACAAAAUGAGUUUGUUGCUGUGAUGUGGACUUUCACAAAUGCUCUCAUCUAGUUGCAGUUUUUCACAUGCCAAAGCUAAAAUAUGAAUAUUUGAUGCAUUAUGGCCAUACUCUCAGAAGGUUAGUAAAAUCUGGUAAUGGAGUUCAUUCCCUUUCUGUCACAGAAGAAAUCCUGUUCAAGCUCCUGGCUUAAAAAUUGUAUUUCAUCCUCUGUUUUCUCAAAAGGCCUUGUUUUGUAGCAUGACUAGGAAAUUUCAGUUUCAUUUCUAUUAUAACUUUUUAAAAUUUAAAUAGCAGAUCUCAAGGUACUAGCACUUAGAACAGUUCUGUUUUCUUUCAACUUAAUUUUCAUUAAACUAAGCAAGACAUGGUCCUGUAAUAUCUUAUAAAACAGGUUCUUUGUUCUGUAGUCAAAAUCCUUUUAAGCUCUUACUUUUGGAAUGUAAAUGACCAGAAAAAAACAAGAUUUUUUGCAGAUAAGAGCUCCUCAAGUCACAGUUUCAUAUAUAUCAUUUGUGGUGAAACACAAGUUUUGUAUACACUGAUGGUACAUUGCAUUAGAACACUGUUGCAUUUCAUCCUUAGUAGUGUGACUCAGCUCUGUUCCCAGCACUUUCUUGACAGACAUGGCUUUUGCAUGCUAUAGUUCUUGCAUCCAAAAUACUUUUGCUGAGGAAUGUGAUAAAAGGUAUAUAACCAAUUCUCUUCCUGGUGUGAGAUUUUACUUUCUAUAAAACUAUUGCAAGUAAUGAGUAACAUUUUACUUUAAAUGAUUAACUUUCUGUAGUGUCACUAAAAAUGCAAUUUAAGUUCUUUUUGGAUCUCAACUUUCCUGAACUGCUGAAAGCUUAUUUGAAUUCAUGACCUAGUUAUGAUGUGUGUUACUUACUGUGGGCAGAUAUUUUCCUGGUGGGUACAUAUUUGAAGAAGCCUGAGAAAAGAACUGCUUGUAGUUGGAGAAAAUGUCUUGUGCCCAUUAUAGGCUUUCUUUUUCUUUGAGGUGCUAAGUAGUCUGACUCAUUUCUAGGUCCACAGAUCACUCAGUCCACACUAUUACACUGGUUAAAUCUGAGUGAUUGAAGCUCCUAAUUCAUGAUCAGAAUGAUAUCAGUAAGUAGCAUUUGUAGCUCAUCAAAAAACAAGUACAUGCAGCACAUGCGAAACUGAAGCUGUUGAAUGUUUCCUCAUGAUUUCUUGCCAAAGCUGGAAACUGCUAAUGGUAACAACGUAGACAUUGUCCUAGAUUUGGCUUUAAAGAAAAACAUAGCGUAUGUGUACUUUUUUUUUCUGAUUUAAGGGAAAAAAAUAAGAACCAAAAAGCACUCAACACUUUAAUUUUACUUCUUAUGUAAAUAAUGAUAGUAUAUAUGUGUUCCAUAUUUGUAUUAACAGUGCAAUAUGAUCUUCAGUUUACUUGGUCAGCUGUGCUGGUUUCUCAUUGCUUUUUCUUUCUGUGGUUAAAAGCUGAUGCUGUUCUUCCAAAUGGGAUCAACUUAAUUCUGGUACAAGUUUAGCUGCCUAUUUCUGUCUGUCCUUUAUAGAUAGAUCAAUGCAUGGAAGCAUAACAUUUCAGUGAGAGGAGGUUUUGCAACAUUCCUAAAUUAGGGCUACAUCAGUGUCCAUAGGCUUGUGAUAUAAAUCUGCUCAUCUUCUGCUGUGGUUUCCAUUUAACUGAAUUGCUAACAUCAAUAAUGAAAUUGAUUUUUAACAUUGAUUCAAUUAUGGUUUCAGAAGAUAAGGAAUGAGUUAGAAGAGAUCAAGAUCGGUGGGGACAAGAAUUGUAUUACAAAAGAAUUAGUGACAUUGACACUUUAGCAAGUGGACAAAGGCAUGUUUUAUAAGAAAUACCUUAUUGAAAAAUAGCAUAACAGUGAAAAAAACAAAAUAUCAGGAUGUUUGGACAUGAACCGUUUGGUACUGUCUUUUAACUUUUUCUCGCUACAAUCUCAGUUUAUGCUAAUGUGCUCUCAGUUUUAUUCCAGUAUUGGAAAGGAAGGUUCAUACAGUUUUGUAGGUUCAAAGUAAUCUUGAAUUUUCAGUUUUCUGGUUUCAAACUGGUCUUGGAAGGUCAAUUAAAGUGUGAUGGGUAAGUUUAUUCUCUGCUGUAUUUUACUGGUGGGAAUUGCUGGAAAAAUAGUACCUUCAGUUUACUGGAUAAAAGUUAGAUGUGUUUGAUUAUUCAAUUAAAGAUAGCACGUGCUAUCUGGCAAGACCCAAAUCCAGCUGUCUUCAAAACCGUUCUCUUUCCUGAGUAACAGAAUUUUAACUAUCUUAUUUAUUUUCUGAUAAGCACUAGAUACUCUCCAAACAAUUAUUCUAGAAUUUCACUACAGACUGCCUCUUCAUCAUCUUCUUCAGUCUACCUAUCUGCUCUCAUUCCGUACACCAGAAUCCAUUUCUGUUUCUUCUGGGUGUUUUGUGUUUUCUAAGAUGUGGAAGAUUAAGCAAAGCAGUGCUGCUUCUCUCUGCAACUUUACAGCAGAUUCCUGUGGAAGUGCUGGAUGCUGUUUCAGGAAUCUUCCUCUCUUCACAUCUUGACCAUUCAUGAUGUGGAGUAAGUGUACCACUGAAAAUGAAGUUAUUCCACUGAGGUGAGUGUAGCUAUGCUGGAGCACAGCAGAGGUCUUCUGUGGUAUCUAAGUCCUUAUAUGGAAUAUAUUUAUCUGUUCUGGGUGAUGGAAACACUUCAAAUCCACUAAAUAUUAGAAAAAUAUAGUUUUCUAACAUGUUAAAUCUCAAUACUGCAAAGCUGUUGUCCAUUACAGCAGUGUCUUUAAACCUUGCCUAUAUGGCUGUAGCAGCGUUAAUUCCUGGAGGUUUAUAGUACACCAAGUUGUGGUAAAAAGGUAGAAAAGAGUUGGCAGAAGCCCUUACCUACUUUGUGUUUUUUCUAUAACCUGAAUAUAAACCUGUGUGAUCAGUAUUUAGCACAUCUUUCUUCGUAUGAUUGAAAUCAUUCCUAUGUUGAAAUUCAUGAGCCUAUUCAUUGGAAAGAUGGUAGUCUUACAAAAUGGCUUUGUGUAUAAAUUAGAGACUUUAAAGGUAUGUAUAAAUAGAUUUCAUAGCACAUGCUUUUUAAUAUCCAAACAGACGAAAUGAAAUGAAAAGAUGUCUGUGCUGGCCAGUAUAGGGAACAUGAACCGUCUUUGGCUGAGUGGCUGUCAUUGGUGUGAUCUUACCGAAAGCGCUCUACUAAAAAAACCCUUCCUAAUCAAUCCUGUGGACAGGAAGCGUUGUUUAUGGAUAGGAAUAGCUCUCGUCCCGGGUCCGUGUUACUUUGCUUUCGCGUGGGCUGCGGCCCGGGGGCUCCCGGUGUCGCUACCCUCCCUGGCGCUUCCAGCGGUGCUUCUCCCCCCGGGAGCGGGGCGGGAGGGCCCGGCCCGGCGGGGCGGGGCGGGAGGCCCGGGCCUCACCUGGAGGCGGCAUGGCCGCACCGGGCCGGGGCGGCGCCGGGGGCAGAGUCCAGCGCAAGCACCCGGCGGCCGGAGCCCGCUGCAGGAACGGAAGAUGCCCCUGGGGCUGGGGACCAGGAAGAAGGGCAAGUCCAAGGAGACCUCCAAGCUGGUGGACAGCGAGGCUGCGGCCCCACCGCCCGCGGCGGAGGCUCCGGCCCCGGCGGCGAGCGCCUCGCGGCUGCAGUUCCACACGCAGCUGGCGCACGGCAGCCCCACGGGCCGCGUGGAGGGCUUCAGCAGCGCCCGCGAGCUGUACGCCAAGAUCGCCGAGGUGUUCGGCAUCGCCCCUACCGAGAUCAUGUUUUGUACUUUGAACACUCAUAAAGUUGAUAUGGACAAGCUGUUAGGUGCACAGAUUGGCCUUGAAGAUUUUAUAUUUGCCCACGUUAAAGGACAACGAAAAGAAGUGGAAGUUCUUAAAUCUGAUGAUUUGCUUGGGCUUACUGUUACAGACAAUGGAGCUGGCUGUCCCUUUAUAAAGCGAAUCAGAGAAGGGAGCCUUAUGGACCAAACCAAAAUGAUCUGCGUUGGCGAUCACAUAGAGUCUAUAAAUGGAAAAGAUGUGUCAGAUCUUCGGCAUUAUGAAGUUGCCAAAAUGCUAAAAGAUCUGGAGAAAGGUCGGGUGUUUAAGCUGAAGCUGAUAGAGCCUAUGAAGUCAUUUGAAAAGGUGGCAGCAAGGUCCAAAGGUGGGACUCUGACAGAGGCUAAAAUCUCUAGAGGGAGAGAAACACUUCGACUGAGAAAUAAAGGCCCUGCCACUGUGGAGGAAAUGCUGUCUGAAGUUGAAGAAAAAGCAGUAAAAAAAGUGGAUGAACUUCUUGAAACAUACAUGGGGAUAAGAGAUAUUGAAUUAGCUGCAACAAUGGUGGAAGCAGGAAGAGACAAGAAAAACCCAGAUGAAUUUGCAGUGGCAUUGGAUGAAACUCUUGGAGACUUUGCAUUUCCAGAUGAGUUUGUCUUUGAUGUAUGGGGAGCAAUAGGAGAUGCUAAGCAAGGACGACUGGAAUGAGAAUUGUGAAGUUUAUCAUUCUCAAUUCAAAAAUAUAAGGUGACUUUGAAAUAUGUAUGUCAGAAUACUAAUAUUUUUAUUGAUAUAAAUCUGGGGUGCUCUAUAAAAGUAUUCUUAUCAGAAACUUUAUUUUACAAAGGGAAGUUUCUAAGAAAUAAAGAUAAACUCAAAGGUCUAACAACUGCACAGGUAGAAUGAAUAUUUAAUUCAAAUGUGGAAAUCACUGAGAGGAGAAGGGUCAAGUAGAUGUAUUUAUACAUGCAUUUUAUGUGCUUUGGUAUCUAUUUUGAGAAGUAAUAGAUAUAUGCAAAAUUUUUUGGAUUAUCUUUUUUUUUUUUUUUAAAGAAAGAUUUAUAAACUUGAUUUUUAAAAAAUAAUCAACACAUUGCAGUUCUCUGAUCUGCUGGUUCUUAAGUAUUCAAGUAGGCCAAGAGCUGUACUGUUUGUCCUGGAUGUAGACUUUUCAGUAGACAAAGAUGAGAAGAAGCCACCCUGCCUCUGGAGAACCCAUGUUCAGGAAAAAGUAAAUUCCUCUGGGGAAAAAAAAAAACCAACAAAAAACCAAUAACUAUGACUUUAAAAUGAACUUGCUCUCAUUUUUGGUCAUAACACACACUGCCUAGUAGGUAUUUCUGAAAUGAUUUAGUAGAAAUGCCUAGAGCAGGAAUCUGUUGCUUUAUUCAGAUGCCAUAUUAUCACAAUUGCUACUGCAUAAUAAGAAACAAAUGUUAAUUUUGAUUAAUAUUCACAUAUUUAGAUAAUAUCUGUGAUCUGGCAGAGGAGUCUGUAAUACUUGACUAAAUGCUUCACCUAUCUUUGCAUGUAAUAAACACCUUGCUGAAAUCCUGUGAAGUUCCCCCUUUAUCUUGUCUGUUGUUUUUUUCAGAAUGGCAAUGUAGAGAUAUUUAAGAAGGUGCUCAGAAUCAGCAGAUGUAGUAGUAUGAUCACAACUGCAGUUUGGAUGAAAAUGAAUGUCUAAAACUUCAAUUAAUAUCAUUUUAUACUUCAGGAUUUCAAAUUAUACUGUACAUAGAUGUUUAUUUUUAACUGAUAAUGUUUUACUAAUAAAUCUUGGAUUGUUAAAAAAUUAA